AUGUCUUUCAGGGGAAGUUCAAAUUUCAGUGGCAUACCAACUACCCAUCAAGGGUACAAGCAAAGUGGCUCCGUGAGGUCCAGCGGUGCGGGAUCGCAGUCGUUAAAGAAAACAGCUCUUGAUGAGCUGGAUAAGUUGUCGAACAAAGUGGACGACCUCACGGAUCACCCUUUUGUGCAAAAAUUAAAACCCUAUACGCCAGCAAUCUCUCGAUUUUUCAUCGUUGCAACAUUCUACGAAGAUACUUUCCGGAUUAUUUCGCAAUGGAGUGACCAGGUGUUCUACUUGUGGAACUAUAGACAUCUGCCCUACUUCUUUGUGGUGCUCUUUUUGGUGACUGUCAUAUUGGCAAUGACUGUGGGGGCGACCAUGUUGGUGCUGCGCAAGAGACUCGUGAUCGCCACAGGCACCUUAUGUGCAUGCAUUAUACUUCAAGGGCUCGUCUAUGGACUUUAUGGUGCCUCCUUCAUCCUGAGAAACGUGAGUGUGAUCGGCGGACUGUUGAUUGCUUUUAGCGACUCGAUCGUGCAGAGUAAGACUACUUUUGGUAUGCUUCCGGAAUUGAACAACAAAGACGGUAAAACCAAGGGCUAUAUUCUGCUUGCUGGUCGGCUCUUGCUCGUUGUGUUGUUUAUGACAUUCACUUUCAGUAAAAAUUGGUUUACGGUCAUUCUCACGAUAAUGGGUACCAUUUGCAUUUCUGUUGGAUUCAAGACAAAGCUCGCAUCUAUUUUGCUCGGCUUAAUUCUCACAUUCUACAAUGUCACUGUCAACAACUACUGGUUUUACAACAGCAGUAAGAGAGAUCUGCUAAAAUACGAGUAUUUUCAGAACUUGAGCAUUAUCGGUGGUCUUCUGCUUGUGGUAUCUACUGGCGCCGGUCAACUGUCAAUAGAUGAGAAAAAGAAGAUUUAUUAA